CAUAACAGAAUGGCUCUGGGAAAUUACUCAGUUGUGACUGAAUUCAUACUGGUCGGUUUAACAGACCACCCAGAUCUCCAAAUCCCUCUGUUCUUCUUCUUCCUAGCAAUAUAUAUGGUCACUGUGCUGGGAAACUUGAGCUUGAUAACUCUAAUUGCUCUGAAUUCUCACCUUCACACCCCAAUGUACAUUUUCCUCUUUAACCUGUCAUUCACAGAUCUCUGUUAUUCUUCUGUUUUUACACCCAAAAUGCUGAUCAACUUCUUAUCAAAGAAGAGUACUAUCUCCUACCAGGGUUGCAUGGUACAGCUCUACUUUUUUUGCUUUUUUGUUAUUUCUGAGUGUUAUGUCCUGACAUCAAUGGCCUAUGAUCGCUAUGUGGCCAUCUGUAAUCCACUCUUGUAUAACAUUGAGGUGUCUUCUAAAGUAUGUACUAACCUUAUUUUUGGCUCAUACUUUAUUGCAUUUUCUGGUGCUAUGGCCCACACUGGAUGCAUGCUGAGACUGACCUUCUGUGAUGCUAACACCAUCAACCAUUAUUUCUGUGACAUCCCCCCUAUGCUCCAGCUCUCCUGCACGAGCACCUAUGUCAGUGAGCUUGUGGUGUUCAUUGUGGGAGGAAUCAACAUCAUCGUGCCCAGUCUCACCAUCUUUAUCUCUUAUGGUUUUAUUCUCUGCAGCAUCCUCCAUAUCAAUUCCACUGAGGGCAGGUCCAAAGCCUUCAGCACCUGCAGUUCCCACAUAAUGGCUGUUUUAUUGUUCUUUGGAUCAACUGCAUUUGUGUAUCUCCAACCAUCUUCUACCAGGUCUAUGCAUGAGGGUAAAAUUUACUCUGUCUUUUAUACCAAUGUGGUUCCCAUGAUGAACCCCUUAGUCUACAGCUUGAGGAAUAAAGAUGUUAAACUGGCCAUGAGAAAAAACCUUAGGUAG